AUGAUUGAGGAUUAUUUAACGUUAACGACCAAAUUGGUCCAUGGGUACAUAGAAGAAUACGCACCAGUGCAUUUGACAAGCAAGCUAGUUGAAUCGAGCAGAUUCAAUCAAUAUUUGGUCAGUAAUGGAGAUGAGUUGAAGGUGACGGUAAAUGUAAGCGAGGUGGCAGAGAGAAUCAAUUUGGUGAAUUUUGUUACUAUUGGCACGGAAAAGGUCGACACAGUAUUAAUUGACUGGAACGCAGACGCAUUAAAGACUGAAUUGCCCCUUGAAGAAAUAGGUCCCGAAUUAAGAAAGGAAUUUAAUCGAAAAAUUGAUUUGAGCAUCAAUAGUAAGAUCAGUAAGUUAUUCCAUUACAGUGGGAAUAGUAGUCAUGAAGAAUUGCAAACCAAGGACCUGAAGCAUCCGUCACACCCACACCCACACCCAGCCCUACAUAAUCCAUUGGGUUCAGAGACUGAGAGAAGAAAGAUACCAGAUAUGCCGGGAUUCGAUGACGAAUAUGAGAUUUUGGGAACGGAUAAAACAACCCCAUCGAGUAGGCCGUUUCCUAACAUUGGAGACAGAGAUUUAAACCCACCGGGCUUACCAAAAUAUCCUGAAAUGAAACCAUAUCUUGAUCCAAAUGGAGGGAAUGGCGACGGAGGAAUGUAUCCUCUGGGCGAACAUCCUAUAUUUGGAGGCCACAGGAACAGUGGAAACUCUUCAAGAUUGGGUGUCCCCCCAGGAGCUAGAUAUGAUGAUCCGAUGGGCGAGGAUAGUUUUGAUGCGCUAGGUAGUGGCUUACCAGGCAAUAUGGGAGGGAGCCUUGGCCGAGGCAAUUCAGGAUCAGGAUUUCCUGGCUUCGGUAACCCAGGAUCAGGCUCAGGUUCGGGACCAUUUGGUUUCUAA